AUGGAUUUCUUUGAAUCUGCUAGAAUACCUCUCUCGCUGAAUAGUACUUUGCUUACUCUUAUUCCGAAAGUGGAUCACCCUACUAAUGCUUCUGAGUUUAGGCCUAUUGCUUGCUGCAACACCUUAUAUAAAUGCAUUUCCAAAAUGCUUUGCAAUAGACUUAAUCUUGUUCUUCCUGCUUUGAUUAGCCAAAAUCAAGGGGCGUUCAUUAAGAAUAGGUUCCUUGCCCAUAACGUUCUUAUUCUCCAAGAUUUGUUAAAAGGUUAUAAUAGGAGAAAUGUUUCUCCUCGUUGCAUUAUGAAGAUAGAUAUAAGCAAGGCUUAUGAUUCUAUAGAUUGGAAUUUUUUGGAGAACCUUCUUAAUGCUUUGUGCUUUCCUAAGAGAUUUAUUAAAUGGAUUAUGAUUUGUCUAAGAGGCUCUUCUUAUGCUUUGGUGUUGAAUGGUAGCAUUCAAGGGAGGUUUAAAGGUGCUAGAGGGCUUAAACAAGGAGACCCAAUCUCUCCCCUCUUGUUUGUAAUAGUGAUGGAUUAUUUAACAAGAUUGUUGUUAAAGACUUCUAGGGAGAAAGAGUUCAAGUUUCAUCCCUUAUGUAAAUCUUUAAACUUGGUUAGUCUUUGCUUCGCCGAUGAUCUCUUACUGUUUUGCAAAGCUAACAAGUCUUCGGUCAGGCUAAUUCAGCAGGCUUUUUCAGAGUUUACUAACACUUUUGGUUUGUCUAUUAAUAAGUCCAAGUCCAGAAUUUAUUUAGGGGGUCUGGUUGCAGGGGAGAAGGACAGUUUGCUGCAAGAUUGUUGUCUCCAAGAAGGGCAGUUUCCCUUGAGGUAUUUGGGUAUUCCUUUGAGACCUACUAAAUGGAGGGCUUGUGACUGUGUUAUCCUGAUUGAUAAGAAGAGAACUCGUUUGAAAGGGUGGUCUAGUCGCCACUUAUCUUAUGCAGGUCGGGUUCAGUUGAUAAUUUCAGUUUUGUUGGGCAUUCGUUCUCAUUGGAUGAAUAUCUUUAUCUUACCUCAAAAAGUGGUGAAAGCCAUUGAUAGUUUGUGUUUGAAAUUCCUGUGGGGUGAGAAAGAUAAUAGAAGUAAAAUGCAUAGAAUUUCUUGGGAGCAUGUGUGCAGACCGAAGUGUUAUGGAGGGUUGGGGUUCAAAGAUAGUGCUUCAUGGAACAAAGUUAUGAUGGCUAAGUACAUUUGGGCUAUUACUUCUAAGCAAGACUUGUUAUGGGUGAAAUGGGUAAAUGGUAUCUACCUAAAGGGUAUUUCAAUUUGGGAUUAUAGACUGAAGCAGGACACCAGCUGGUACUGGAGGAGGAUCAUCAAGCUAAGUCACAUUUGGCUUGAUGCUGUGAUGAAAUCAGCAACCAGAAAUGGGAGAAUCCAUAUGAGCACUUUGUACUCUUUAGUUUGUCCUGGAGAGCUGGUGCAUUAUGGAAAGUCUGUCUGGUGUAAACUUUCGGCCCCUAAGCACCAGUUUAUUCUGUGGAUGGCAGUGAACCAGAAGCUAAAUACCAGGGACUGGCUUCAAGCUUGUCAUAUUCAUCUUCCUUCUAUUUGCUGCCCAGUUUGUGGUCAAGGGGAGGAGACUCACUCUCAUUUAUUCUUUGAUUGUAUAUUUUCCAGGAAAGUGCUUCUUGCUGUCCAGACUUGGCUGAGAGGUUUUUCUUGGCCAACUAAGUUCAGGGAGUGGAUCAAGUGGAUGGCAGUGCCUCGGGAUGGCUGGUUCUCUUUGUUGAUUCAUGCAGCUUGUGCAGCCGCAGUGUACCAUAUUUGGCUGAACAGGAAUCAUUGUUGGCUUAAUCAGUCCUGUUUGCCAGUGUACCAAAUAGAUCACUUGAUUAGAUAUUCUAUAAAAGCUAGAGUUUUAAACUUAGCUGGUAGUAGGUGUACUUAUAGAGAAAAACAAAUGCUGAGGUUUGCUUGUAAUCUGUGA